AUAUGAAUGGAUCAGGACAAAGGUGAGCGAAUCUUUUUUCCUAUAACUUUCAGAAUCUCUUUACACAGAGAGGACAUGUUGAUCUAGAAGAGACAUACAAAAGUAGAUUUUGCAUAACAGGUGACCUUUAAAGGAUCAGAAUAUUGUUGCAAUAGUUGACAUUCUUCUUUUAAAGGAUCAAGAGAGAUUUUUUUUAUACUGAUAGUCAAUAAAGUGUAAAGUGGGUUUGUGGGAUUGCUGUAUUUGAGUUUCAAAAAUGUUCACCAUAAAGCCACUUCAGGGUGAAUGUGUGCUCAUGUUAAGGGACAGCAAACAGAGCAUCGGCACAAAGAGCUCCAUUGUUUGUUGCACAAUAAGAGACAUGAGCGGGCGUCUGUGAGUGGCUCUGCAGGGGGAAAUGACUUAUACAGGUUUCAACAUGCUAACAGGAAUCCAUUGUGGGGGAGGGGGGCAGAGGAGGGUCGAGGGUCUGAACAAGUUCCACAUCUGAUAAGAUAGAUAAAAAAGGUAGAUUCUUGCAGGUUUAGGAGGAGAUACACCUGAACAAACACGAUGAUUGAGUUACCUUAUAGACCUUUUCAGAAACAAACAGUGGCUUUAUAGAGUGACAUCAGACAGAUGCUUGAAAUUCCUGCUGUGAUUGCUCGCUGUGUUUGUCGUGUUCCUGCCGGACCCUGCCUCCCUCCCCUCACUCCAGGCGCUAUAAAGCAUCUGAGUACAAAGUGUGCGUUACUCUUCUCUGCAUCCCGAGCAGCAGCACUCCUCCACCAUGACCUCCUAUGCUCGCUUCUCCUCCAGCAACCGCCUAGGCUCCAUGAGGGCCCCCAGCGUGUACGGUGGUGCCGGGGGGUCCGGGGUCCGCAUCUCCAGCAGUGGCCCCAGGAGCUUCUCCUCGGCCGGAGCAGGGUCUUCCUCCAGAGCCCGGUCAGGGUUUUCCUCCCGAUCCGGGUCAGGCUUCAACCUGAAAGACACCAUAGAUGUAAAUGACAACAACAAGAAGGCCACUAUGACCAACCUGAACGAGCGCCUGGCCACUUACCUGGACAAGGUGCGCAUCCUGGAGAAGGCCAACGGAGAGCUGGAGCUGAGGAUCAGACAAUUCCUGGAUAACAAGACCAAACCCGAAGGCCACGACUGCUCCGGCUUUAAGGCAGCCAUCAGCGACAUGCAGGACCAGAUCCUUUACGCCACCACCACAAAUGGAUCUCUGUACCUGGCCAUCGAUAAUGCCAAGCUGGCCGCUGACGACUUCAGGGUCAAGUAUGAGAACGAGCUGGCCAUGCGUCAGUCGGUGGAGGGGGACAUCGGUGGGCUGAGGAGGCUCCUGGACGAGCUGACACUGGGCAGAUCGGAUCUGGAGAUGAAUAUCGAGUCUCUGCGGGAUGAACUCAUCCAGCUGAAGAAGAACCACGAGGAGGACCUGUUGGCCAUGGGCUCCCAGGUGGGGGGUCAGGUGAACGUGGAGGUGGAUGCCGCACCGCAGCAGGACCUGUCUGUUGUUAUGGGUGAAAUCAGAGAACAUUACGAGACCGUGGCAAACAAGAACCGGAGAGAUCUGGAUGUCUGGUUUCAGGCCAAGUCUGAAGAACUCAAUAAGGAGGUGGCAGUGAGCACAGAGACUCUCCAGUCCUCUCGCUCUGAGAUAACAGAGGUUAAACGCACGCUGCAGGGCCUGGAGAUUGAGCUCCAAGCACAGCUCAGCAUGAAAGCGUCUCUGGAAGGGACCCUCGGUGACACACAGAACCGCUACUCCAACAUGAUGGGAGACUACCAGAACAAGGUGUUGGGCCUUGAGGGCCAGCUAGCUCAGCUCAGGUCCGACCUAGAAAGGCAGGGACACGAGUACCAAGUCCUGCUGGACACCAAGACCCGGCUGGAGAUGGAGAUCUCAGAGUACAGGAGGCUGAUGGACGGAGAGUUGUUCAGCCCGCCGGCCACCACAAAAACCCAGAAAGUGUUGAUCAUCACCAAAGAGUACACUGACGAUGAAGAGGUCAGCUCUGAAAGCCAGGAAGUUUGA